AUAUUAAUCGAGUGUUAUAUUAGGAACUUACAAACAUUAUAAGAAACAAUGAGUAAUUAUUUUGAUCCCUUUGGUUUUACUAAACAAACAGCAACUUUGUUGCGUGGUUUGGGUGCAUCUGAAUUAAUAGUAGAAUGCAAGAAAAGAAAUAUAUCAACGGAUGUAUUACACGAGCUUACUGUACAAGAGCUAAUAAUGUUAGGCACUGAUUGCAAAAAGGCUGAAGAGUUAAAAAAUUGUUUAAACAUUAGGAAAAGAAGAUCCAACAUCGUAAUAACAAAUGUUGAGGACAGGAUCGAACAUUUUCUUGAAAUAAUCAAAGACGCAGAGCAGCAGUUCUGUUUGAUACAAGCGUUUAUGGCGUAUUGUCGAUUGAGACUCGUUAAGGAAAAAAUUAAUAUUUUUAUCGAUCCCAACAAGUGUUUGAGCGCUUCUAAGGUAUUACCUAUCGCUGUUGCUGCAACACUGACAGAGUUAGAAGAAGUAAAUAAGAACCUUUCCGAACUUAACGAAUUGAUUUUAAGGCUCAGUCGUAAUAAGAUGGACGGUGGAGCGUACGGUGGAGGAAAGGCAGGAGCCCCUUUCGACCCUAUUGCCUUUAUCCAAAGGCCUCAAGUGAUUUUAAGAGCCGUAUGUCUGCUCUUCGCGAUAAUCGUGUUCGGAUGCAUAAGCAACAAGGGAUACAUAGAAAAGCCAGACGGAAAAGACGUUUGUCUUUACAACGGAGACCACAAUGCUUGUAAUUACGGGAUAGGAAUUGGAGUCCUCGCCUUCCUCGCCAGCAUUGGAUUCCUCGCUGGCGAAUAUCUUUUCGAACAGAUGUCUUCUGUUAAGACCAGGAAGCAUUUCGUCCUGCUCGAUUUAGGGUUUUCUGGCUUUUGGGCAUUCCUUUACUUCGUCGGAUUCUGUUACUUAACCAAUGCUUGGAACAAAUCGGAAACGCCGGAAAAUAAUUACGGAGUGAACAACGUUCAAAGCGCUAUCGCUUUCUCCUUCUUCUCCAUUUUCACCUGGGCUGCCUGUGCCUGGUUUGCCUUCCAAAGAUUCAAGCAAGGUACCGACGCUGCGUUCGCACCGAGUUACGAAGCGGAUCCUGUUGGUGGGACAGGAUAUACAAGUUAUCCUGAUGCGACUGAUGCUGGUUAUCAAGAACCACCAUUCGGUCAACAGCAACAGCAGCAACAACAACAGCAACAACGGAUGCCCGAUUUUCGAGCACCGGCUUACUAAUCCUCUCAAACAUAGUUUAUCACUAUUGACACAACGCAAGAAAACAAUAGGAAAACAGAAGACAGAAGCUCUGCGAGGAAACUUUCAAUGAUAGAGCAAUGUCGAUAGAGUAAGUUUUCAUAGUAACAUAACUAGUGGAUGAAAGAGAGAGGAGAGAUGAGUAAAAACGAGGGGAAUAGAAAAGUUGGGUAAACAGGAAAAAUAUAAAGAGAGAAAGGAGAACAAGGAAGAGAAUGUACGCGUGUGCGAAUACGUAUGUGUGUAUACGUGUAUGACUGUGACAAAAAGAAAAAAAAAAAAGAAAAAAAUAGAAGGAAUGCGUGAAUGUGUACGCGCAAGACAACAAAACGUUACUUGUUAAAACUGUGCUUCUUAUUGUUGACCACUUAUAAGUCUUACACCUAAAAAUCAAUGGCGUAAGCGAGAAAGAAGAAAAUAUUAAAAAAAAAAAAAAAAUGAAAACCCGGGUUACUGCCCUUGGAUAACACAUUUGAAACCAAAAAAUAAAGAAAGAGUGCAAAAGAACAGGAGUGAACAGCGAGAAUGAGAGGUAGAAGGGAAAAAGAAAGAUGAUGGACACUUACCAUCCAUUGAAUUAUAUAUAAAUAUAAAUGCAUAUAUAUAAAUUUAAUAUAUAUAUAUAUAUAUAUAUAUAUGUAUAUUGUAUUAACGUGUAUAUAUAUACAUAUUAAAUUUAAGAUUUGCCGAAAAUCGAGCGGUACAAGCGGGAAAUAUAAAAUUAUUCGCCGCUGUAAACCGGAGACAAAUCUAGUAGAAGAGUAAUCUUUUCCACAGUGAUACAGGUUUCAGUUUUUCGAAUAGGUUGCGAUUAAAAUUUUUAAACGUGCACGCAACUUCGUUAUUCGUGUCUCAGAUUUAAGAACGUGCUUGAGAAUAUUAAUCUUUUAAUGCUUCGCGCGAAUUUUUUACACCUGCGCUUACGUUAUUUUAUCGCGGACAGAAGAGAAAAAGAAAAAACGGGAAAGGUUAAUAGGUUUUUUCAAUCUCGAGGCGAAGUGUUUUAUAUUUAUCAUUUGUAUUGCCGUUUUCAGAACACCGUGUGUAUGUACACGUGUAUAUGUAUACAUUUUACAUAUAUAUAUAUAUAUACAUAUGUAUAUAUAUAUAUAUAUAUAUAUGUAUAUAUGCAAUUGUAAACGGAUAAAGAAUAGCGGCUCUGUAAUAAUUCUUAAGUAGUUACAUGCACAUAUAUUUUACUGUGUUAAUAUAACGUGUUCAUAGAAAAUCGCGAAUAUGACCGUACUACUGUUAACGACAAGACCUAUAUCGAACAAAAGAACAAAAGAUAUUACCAUUGUGUUGGAAAUCGAAUUAAUUCUUGAUUCCAUUCUAUCAUUGCCGUACUAUCUUAUAUUAUAGGAGGAUGCUCGAUUCGCAAUACGUUGCGCAUUAGUCUUAAUCUUACAAGAAAAUACUGGAGGCUUACCGAUACGCCACCAUGACGUGUUAUGCACCUGUUUUUCAGUUUAUACGAUAAAUUCGUUUCAAUUUCCUCCGAGAAAGAAAUAAUACAUUAAAGAGAUAUCGAAGUUAUUCCGUUAAGUUUCGUUGAUUAUGUUUUUUUAUGUUGUGAUAUCACGUUAUUGCUAUUAUAUUACGUCAUAUGGUUAUUUAAGCGUAUUAGAGAAAUUGGGAAAGCAAUGUUUCAAGCAAUUUAAAAAAUAUUAUUCGAUUGGUACGUGGACUAUCGAAAGAAGCAAUGAGAACAAUUGUUCUACUUUUAUCAGUAAUGAAGAACGUUACCAAGUCAUUUUUUAAAUAAUUUAUUUUUUGAUAUUAUUUUGUACAGAAAAUAAUUAAAUGAUAUUUUGUAAAUCAAAUUGUUCCUUACCCAGUUUCUCAGUGUUGUUGAUAUGAAUAUUUGAAAUAAUUUAAAACAGAUAGAUAUAUACUUAAGGCAUCUGUAUGAUUUAAACGAAGAUUGCGAAUAUGAAUUUUUUUCUUAUAGUAACUUUGUAUUGCCCCAGUAUUAAAUUAAAUUGUUACUUAAUUACGUAAAUGAUUCCAUAUCGAAUACGUUUCUUGAUAAACGAUAAACGAUAAACGAUAAACGAUAAACGAUAAACGACUUUUACAUUCCCUUUCUAGCAUUUUUAGAUGCUCCAUCUUUUUUAAAUACGUUUAUUAACGGUUUUAGCAAUAUUGGAGCGGUGUUGAACAAAAUGUCUACGAAUCUCGUGACUAAUUGCAUGACUAUUCUUUUUCUCAUGCCGAUUAUACUGCCUCGUUUGAAAAACAGACUUAACCAGCAAGUUGCAUGGCAGUGUCGUGAAAUAAUGAUAACAAAUAAAAUCGUUUUUUCGAUAAGUUGUAUUGUUUUCCUUAAGCGCUGUCGGUAUUGUAUCUAAUGACUAUUCGAAUUGAUGAUACCAUAAUUUUCAUGUCCGGUACCGUGGCAAUACUACGAUGAUAAUACUACGGCAAUUGAAAAUAGGUAAGAAAAAGAAAAGAAGACAAAAAAAAAAAAAGAAAAAAACAAAAAUGUAAUUAACUAUGGUUACCUACGAAAGAAGAUAAGAAACUGUUAUACUUGUCGUUUAAAAGGACAAUUGACGAUAUACGAUCGAAUUAAAAUUGCGUCUUAUAUAUAUAUAUAUUCCUUAAGGAUUGUACUAUUGAAAUAAUAUUGUAAUAUCGUCACUAUUUCGGGCAGCUUUUUCUAAAGAGAAAACUCACUGUUGGGCCAAUAUGAAUUCAAACUGUCGCGAUAUUUAACUUCCACCUGAACUUCAGUUUUUGUAAUGACAAGUAUUUACUACUUCACGAUGUGAACGUUAUUCUUGCCGAGAGGAAAGAAAUAUUUAUUAAGGUGGUAUCAAUAAUUAAAUAGUUGUUGUAUCAUUGUGAUUAUACCAGGUGUCUCGAUGUAACAAAUAAAUCCACUCACGUGGAUAUAGAGUAUUUUAUCCCCUAUUUUAAUACUGUAUCGUAUCGUUUAAUGUUUAAACAUUUAAUUUUACAAGUAAUCGUUGUAUAAAAAUCGUUCCUUACUAUUAUACCAUUAUUAUUGUAUCAUUUAAAUUAAGUCUAAUCUCAACGAAUAAAAUUAUUAUAUUUUGGAUUUCGAUUUUAGUUAUCUCGUUUAGUUUAUCGAACGAUUUCUUAAUCUGCGAAUAAUUCACAAAGACAGAAAAUCGAUUCGAGAUUUCUGAGACGCCUUGUAUAUAAAGUAGUUGUAUUUAUAUUUGAAGCAGUAAAAAUCUGAGUGUUUAGAAAAGAAGUAUAAUCAUGUAAUUAACUAUAGAUGAGAUACAUAUAAGUAAUUAUUUUUAUGCGAGUCGAACGAUUGAACGGAUAGCCAAAAUCAAUAGCUUCGAUUCAUUCACUCUCCCUAAUGUGGUAAUAUCAAUGUGGUUUGUGCGCCAAUUGAAACUGCGUUUUGCCUAGGGGAAUUUUACGAACGGAGCAGAAACGUUGUUUUAUUUUCAACGUGUCGUUUGAUUGAUUUUUCUGUAGUGAAAUUUACAGGUAUUACGGAAGGCAACGAGAAAUGGAAAACUCGUUUAAUUACUGUGGGAAAUUCGAUAAAAUUCCGACAAAAGUUUCUAUCGUUUAACGUUUAAUAAUUAAACGAACAGAAAUGUUCGCAAAAAUUGGGAAACUUUCAACAACAAAAUUGCAUUAAAUGUACAUAAGUAUUAUCUUUUCAAUAUACGAUUAUCCUUAACGUCGCUACUUCUCGUUGCUUUUCACAUUAUAUUUCAGUUUGUGGCUCAAUUUAUUUUGACAUCGAUGAUGCAAAUAAAACAUCCAUCGUCGACUAGCGUUCCUCAGAAUUAAAAAGAAUUUCUUUUCGGUCAUAUUGUAUUCUUUACAUUUGUUGAAAGUUAUUAGAAUUUGUAUUAUGAAAUCGCAACGUUUUGUUGUUUAAUAAAUUUUGAGUGCCUAA